UUGGAUUUUCUUUCAUGUGUGUGGUGAUGAGCUUCACAGGGGGUUUGGAAGGUGUGAGGUAAAUUAGCAGUGCUGAAGUCCUGUGAAGAUGGAUGAAGAGAUAACAGGCGGUUACAGUGAAGCCUGUGGACAGUGUGGCUCAGUGUGUUGGGGGGUUUCAGAUGGAGGGCAGUUCUUCUGUAAAAACUGCCAUAAUGUGAUUGAGAGAACGAAAGAAGUUGAGGAUGUGAACAGUUUGCCCCUCAACAGCAGGAUAUCCUCUUUAUCAUCAGGGAAACGAAAGCGCGGUGAAAAAGAAGGUGCACGAGACUGGAUGGUAUGCGAGGGCUUUCAGUUGAUCCUGAAACUUCAGGCCGAAGCUUUGGUUGAUCUGGGAGUCUGUCCUCAGUUUAAGACAGAUGUGCUAUGGAGUUUCUGGAAGCGAUACAUGCAGAAGACCAAACAGGCGUACACAAGCGAACCAGUGAACAGAAUCAGAAUUUCAGUGCCUCAGGACUUGACCAACGGCAGCGACAAUGAGUCAUCUGUUGCCUUCAGUGACUCGUCAUAUCACAGUGGGACUGCCUCGACGAAGGGAUACAGCACAGUCUCCGGAUACGCCAGUGAUGGGAGAUCUUCAGUGUGUUCAGGCUCUAUGGAUGCCGAAUGCUACUUUAGACCGAAAGAAAGCAAGAACCUGAUGAGCAUGCCCCGAACACUAGCAUUCUGCCAUCUGGCUCUGCUUUGGGUCCGGGAGGCCAUCACUCUGGCUGACUUGCUCAGGUUGGUGUCUAAGGGCCACAUCCCUUAUAUUAAUGUUCAUGCACUUUUUCCUGAAGAGAUGAGGUUCUUUGGCAAGGAUGCCUUGAUCUUUCGAGUUGAGUCUAUCCCCUCUUACAGUAAGAUACACAAGGAGGCAGUAAAACUGGCGGCACUGAUGGAGCUGCCUGCUUUCCCUCCUGUGUCUCGGGACUGCCUCCUUCACCCAGCUUUGCUCAGUCUACGCUAUUUGAUGGACGCUAACCUUCCUGACAAACUUCAUGCUUUGGUUUGUGAAGUAAUACAGAAAACAUCUAUGGGGGAUGAGUCCUUUCUGACCUUUGACCCUACUGAGAGAAAGCCUAGACUUCUGUGCUAUGAUCUUCAAGCUGCAGCACUCAUUGUUGUAACUAUGAAACUUCUGUUCAGGCUGGACGAUAAGGUGGAGUGGAAGUUGGCCAGGAAGGCAGAUGACAAAGGAAAUAAAAUGGACCAUGGCAAGAAAAGGAAAAAGAGCAAGCAAGGUGGAAGAAUGUUUAGUUUGAGAACCUGGUUUAUGACUGUACAGCCUGCACUGGAGCGAGCGAGGGAGAAAGAAAAGCAGGCUCAGGCCAUGCAGCAGUGGAAAUCUAAGAAGCCCAUCAUUUCAUCUUUGAAACAAAAGACGGUCGUUCUGAAACGGAGACGUGUGGUUGAGCAGCUGCAGAACAGUUUCCAAGCUCUUUGUGGCUCGGCUUCAGAGCAGCAGGUUUCUCCGCCAUCCACCUUCCUCUUCCUUUGGGGAGACGAGGACGGAGCUGAUGGACCCAGUCUCCGCCACAAGUGCCUGGACUGUCUGCUGACGAAAAAGAAAAAAAGAUGGCACCUUGUCAACCGUAAAUAUUGGCACACUGACUUGAGGAAGUGCCAUAAAAGUCUGUGUGGAAACCAUUUCUGGGCGCUGGAGCCUACUUUGCCCAGGAUGUAUAUGUGGUUGUUGGGAUUCUUCUCUUUCAUGCUGGGUGUUAAAGACGCGCAGCUGCACAGCGUAGUCGUCUGGGUGGAGCGACGCUUACUGACACGGCUGGGCCGCAAAGAAACACCAGAAAACCUCAGUGAAUGAAGACGGAUGCUGUGCGGUUGAAAGGUUUCUUCGUUUUCUUGUGUGCCUGAACAGUCACUGCCUGCUGUUACACAUGAACAGUGUGUGAUGCAACCUUUGUAAGGUUUACAAUCUGUACAGUUUUAUAUAACCAUUUCUUUUUUUUUUUUUUAUUCAAUAAACGGUUGAAAUGGAAUAUUUGUGUAUUUACACUGAUUUCUAAAAUCUAAAGCAAAAUAAAUAUCCACUGCCUGUCGCACUAACUGAAACACUCAGAUACUUGCUGGAUGUGCGCAAGAAGAAUUAUUGUUAUUCCCCGCUGUCUGAAAGGCCCAAAGGGGGAUUAUGUCGUGGUGAUAUCCGUCCCGUCCCUCCCUCACUCGAAGCGUGCUCACCUUCUGAAAUCAACUCCGCUCACAAUUUGUGGAGGAAUUUCACAAAACUUGGCAGGAUUCUUUGUUCUAUGUCUGUAAAACGCAUAUUGUAAUUUCAUUAAAUUGGGUCACAUUUUUAGCCUGGCAAGCCAGACUAAAUGUGAAUAUUUAGUCUGGCCUCGAUCCGUAGACAUUUCCGAAGCGGGUAGGAGGAACAAACCGCUGUCUUUCAAACUGUCUCUGUGCGUAUAGGCCAACGCUCUGACCAAUUGUGACGUAGUCAGAGCGACAGAAAGCAGUGGGGGAGACCUGGAAAUAAAUAAUUUUUCAAAAUGCGUAUUAAUUAAUAAACAGGUUCUAGAUAUUAAGAAGUUUGGAGAUAAUGACCACAAGUUUGGAGUCUGUACCACAUACACUCAUUUUUUUCCAAGUGUUUUUCAAGGGUUUGCUUAAACUGUUUUUGAGAGUUUUUAUUUAGUGGUGUUUGGUGAAAUAAUUUCCCUUAAAUUUAAAAUAACGGGAAAAUAAGAAACAAUCAAAAAGUAAUGUUUCAAAGCUGUUUAUUAAUUCUUCGUACUGCACAAACUAGCCCCAUCCUUUUGGCUACGAGCGGAGCCAGCUGGUAGAUCAGACUUUUGCCAUAGCCGGUCGGCAAAACAGCGAAAACGUCCUUCUUGAAAAGGAAUGAGCGGAGAGCCUCUUCCUGCUCAUGUUUCAAUGAAAACUCCAAGUCUAAUUCUUCUAAAACUGAUUCCAAAGCGGAGUCAAACGCGCGCUGUUCACUAGCCGUAGCCAUCUUUCCUGUUGUGCUUUCUCCAGCGUCGCGCAGCUUUGUCGUCACUCCUGCAAAAGCCCGCCCAAAGAAUCCAAACAAAAACCUUGCGUUGUGAUUGGCGGGCACGAUUUGAUGCCCGGGGUGUUUUUGUUUAUAUGGUGCGAGGCUAGACCCAUUCGCGAGGCAAAAAAUAUUUUUGGCCGCUAGGCGGGUGGGUCUAGUUUACUAGGCUAUCAUGUUUUACCAGAGUUACAGCCCCUGAUUAACAAAAUUUAUAAUUUGACAAUUUCAUAAGUGUUUUUUCCUUCUGAAAUCAACUCCGCUCACAAUUUUUGGAGGAAUUUCACCAAACUUGGCAGGAUUCUUUGUUCUAUGUCUGUAAUACGCAUAUUGUAAUUUCGUUAAAUUCGGUCACAUUUUACCAGAGUUACAGCCCCUGAUUAACAAAAUUAUAAUUUGACAAUUUCAUGAGUGUGUUUUCCUUCUGAAAUCAACUCCUCUCGCAGUUUGUGGAGGAAUUUCACCAAACUUGGCAAAAGGCUUUAUCAUUAGUACGCAUAUUAUUUUGUUCAAUUCGGUCGCAUUUUACCAGAGUUCCAGCCCUUGAUUAACAACCUUGCACUCACAAUUUCCUGAAGGUGUGCUCGCCUUCUGACAUCAACUCCUCUCACAAUUUUUGGACGAAUUUCUCGAAGCUUGGCAAAAGGCCUUGUUAUAUGACGGUAAUACGCAUACUGCGAUUUAAUUUCGUUUGUGAAAAUUUUACCAGAGUUUUGACCCUUGAUUUAAAUAACUAGUACUUUGACAAUUUCAUGAGGGUGUACGUUCUUCUGAAAUCAACUCCUCUGACAAUUUGUGGAGGAAUUUCACCAAACUUGGCAAAAGGUUUUGUUAUAUGACAGUUAUACACGUAUUGAAAUUUUGUUUAAUUUGGGCAAAUUUUUCCCAGAGUUAUGCCCUCGAUUAUUAACAAACUUGCACUUUGGCAAUUUCAGCAAGGCGUGCUUGCUUUCUGAAAUCAACUUCCCUCAUAAUUUUUAUUAUCCCCCGUUGGCUGAAAGGCUUGAAGAGGGAUUAUGUCGUGGUGAUGUCCGUCCCGGGAAGGGUACUCACCUUCUGAAAUCAACUCCUCUUAACAAUUUUUGGAGGAAUUUUACGAACCUUGACAGGAUUUUGUUGUAUGUUGGUAAUACGCAUAUUGCAAUUUCGUUCAAUCCAGUCGCAUUUUACCAGAGUUAUGGCCGAGUAGCUAGCGGGGGAGCUUGUGCUCUCAGAGCACUCUUGUUCCUUUUGAUGUACAGGAGAGUGGAAGAUACGCUGAUCGUUGUAAACAGAUCUUACUUCAAGUUUAUGAAUGAUUGAUUGUAAAGAACCCUUUAUAUACACUACCUGGCCAAAAAAGUCACCAUUUGGAUUUAAAUAAGCAAAUACUUAAGAGCCUUUGACUGGAAAAUUACUGCAGUGAUUGUGUUUUGGGCUGACCGCAGUUCUUUUAACCCUAACUGAUGUAGUGAGUAGCUUCUUGUUUUUAUGUCGGAAGAUGCAACCCGUGGUUGUGGAAAAGAUGCUACCGUGUUUCAGAAGGGUCAAAUUAUUGGCCUGCAUCAAGCAAAGAAAACUAAGGAGAUUGCUGAAAUACCUGGACUUGGGUUAAGAACUGUCCGAUGCAUUAUUAAAACCUGGAAGGGUUGUGGUGAACCGUCAACUUUGUUGAAGAAAUGUGGAAGAAAAAAAUCAUGACUGACUGUGAUCAGAGCUCACAAACACUUGAAGUCGAAUUGAAAAAGAACCAAUAGUAAAACUCAGCUAUGUUUAAUAGCGAAAGUAAGGGCAUUGCCACACACAAUGUGAUGAGAACUCAGAGGAUUGGGACUAAACAGCUGUGUGGCCGUACAGUUAGUGAAGAUACCGUAAUCAGAAGAAAAGGCUUCAGUUUGCUAGGGAGCAUCAUGCAUAAUGGUCGCUGUACAAGCCUCGGAAGGCAGUGUCAUGAUCUAGGGUUGCUUCAGUUGGUCAGGUCGAGUCUCAGCAACAUAGGCGGUUUUAAACGGGGGCCAGGGGGGGCCAGUGCCCCUGUAAAAUUGCUCCUGGCCCCUGUUGUGGCCCCUGUGCUGAACAGAUAAUAAGCUUUAUUAAUUUCGACGUGCGCUGGCUCAAAGAUCGGAACUGACAUGACAGAGUGUUCUACAUGGACUCCUUAUAGCGCUACACGCAAGAAAGACCCACAGCAGCGCGAAUUGUAAACUUCGGACGUGAGAGAUAACAGCAGCUGCAGCCCUGCAAGAACUAGGCUAUUGCAAAGAGGCGAAGGUAAGGAAAAUUAUUCAAUUUUGUAACAUCAGUGUUUGCACAUAUCCGUGUUUUACUGUUGUUGUUCACUACAAUAAUAAAUCCGUUUUAUUGCACUUUCUUAAAAGUGCGUUGCACAGCAAUAAGUAGCCUAACUUAAUAUUUUUGGGAAAUGGGUAAAAUAACCGACAGUGUUUAACCUGCUUGUAAAACUCGAAUGGCCUUGUGAUAUGUAGAGGCUACAUUCCUCUCCGUUUACUUUUUAAUAUAGGCCUACUGUAGGCUAUCAUCAUGAAAAGGAGCAAGAAGGACAUUAUGUCCUUUUUUGCCCCUAUUAGCAAAAAGCAACAUAGAGAGAGUAAGGAAGAUGAAGAUUAUGAAAGAGGAGAGAGAGCCAGAGAUGGAGAGAGAGCCAGAGGUGGUGGUUGGAGAGGUGGAAAGUGAGGCAUCUGAAAGGCAAUCGGAGAGUGAGGAUGAAGACAUUCAGGAUCAGAUUGAGGGACAGAAUGAGGGACAACCCAACGAGUCAUUGGGACAACCAGAUUCACCAUGCAUAUCAAGUACAGCACCAUCAGGUUUGUGAUGUUGAACAAAUGUAUGUGUGUGAGCAGUGUUGGCCUACAAUUCAUAUAGCCUACCCUGAAAGUGUGAAGUCUGAAUAAUAAUUAAUAAAUAUAAAAUAUAAAUAAUAGAUAUAAUAAUAAAUUAAUAAAUGAAUAAUGAUAAAUGCAUGUUCUCAGUAGCACUCUCAUAUUUACUGUAUUCAUCUUUCUCCAGAUAUCAGCAAGUGCUUGGACGACACUCCAGUGCAGCCACGUCUGAAGAAAAGGUUCAUUGUAUGCAAAAAUAGAAAUCUUAUUUUACAAAAAAAGAGAAACAUGGUUUUAAGAUUUAUUGAGCACAAUUUAUUUUAUGUUUAGGCUAUUGAGACAGAAUGUUUAUCUCAUUGUAUUUAUGCUCAAUGUAUUUUGCUUUGGUUUUAAAUAAACUAAACUAAACAUUUUGAACGCUUAAAUAUUGCCAUGUUUUGUCCAUAUGUGCCCCCCUGAAAAAACACUGGCCCCACCUCGGCCCCCCUAGUAAUUUUGGUCUAGAACCGCCACUGCUCAGCAACGUUAUGUAUGUAAUGGAAAUUUCUAAUAAACACUUCGGAACGCUUA